AUUAAUUUUAAACAGUUCCACGGUGAACCGAGAAAAAAAGGAAGGCCGAACAGGAGACCUGAGCCAAGAAAAGACCACUCUUAAAUAAAAAUAGCUGAAAGUGGUUGUCGUUCAUGGGCACCACUGGACUGACGGAAAAUAACAAGAGUGUGUGUGUAAAAUAGAAACGAAGGAAAACAAAAUGGCAGCAGAGAGACGAGCAAGGAUGUAUUCCCGAUCUGUUGUUUGCUUUUCCUUCAGAGAAUUAAUCGUUUGAUCAUCUGUCGUAGCAGAUUGCAUUAAAAUUUGUAAACGAUGGAUUCAAAUCAACCUGAAAACCAAACUUUCAGGCAAGAUCCAGCAGCAGCUGCAGACGCUGAGGUCGAGGAUGAGCCAAGAGUUGUUCCUUUGUUGGGUGAGGCAGUGGAGAAUGAGGAGAUAAAUGCAGAUGAAAAUGUAGCUCUAGGCGAAGAGGAUGGCAGUUCUCCUCUUAGUUCUGGCAGUAACGGCGGCCCGCAAAUCGUGAAUGAUCAGCUGGAUAUGUUUCGGCAACAGUGGCAGGACGAGCUCCAGAAGAAGCCCAACAGCCGAGGUCAGAGCCCCCGGGCUAGCAGAGAGGACUCCCCGGGGGGUCACAAGUCAGAAGCAGCCGUGAACGUAGUGGAGAAUCAGGCGAGAGCUUAUUUCUUUCAAGGCAUGACUGCAGAAGAUGAUGGAAUGCUCUCUGAAGCUAUUUAUUACUACAAGAAAGCACUUCAGCUGGUGCCUGACAUUGAGUCGAAACUCGGCUCUUUCCUCACUCGAAGUCCACGGGACAGGGGUCGACAAGACAGUGAAAGUUCUAUGGAUGGAAGCGAAUUGGAGGAAGAUUUGCUUAACAACUUUGAGAACCUGAACCUCAGAGAGCACGGUCUGUGCCUGCCACAGUAUGAGCAAAGGGGCACCCACAUCUCCUCCCUGCCUGUGUGUCGGGGUUUCUAUAUGUGUGCCAGAGACGAGACCGUCUGGAAACUGGCGUGUGAAAAAAUUUGGGGUGUAAAUCUCGGCAGUCCUAAGAAAUACGGCGCCUCCUGGAGGAGAAUGCUGAUUGAGAGGCCUCAUAUGUUGUUUGAUGGUUGUUACAUCAGCCGUGUGACGUACAUACGUCAGGGAGAGCAAGGCAUGGAUCAGUUCUACCGUCCCUUUCACCUCGUGGAGUAUUACAGAUACGUCCGCUUUUUCCCAGAUGGACAUGUGCUGAUGCUGGUGAGCCCGGAGGACCCACUCCAAACUCUGCCAAAACUGCGACACCGCAACUCCAAGGCCGCAGGAAUCCUGAAAGGUCACUACAAGAUCUCCGAGUUCAAGGUGACGUGUGUGCUGAAGAGGGUGAAGACAGCCGAAGUGGCAACGUACAGGUACAAGCGUCAUCGGCAGGCAGCCAAUCAAAAUGAUGCGGAGGUGACGUACAGCGUGGAAUUUGACGUUGCAUCUGUUGGAAGACGCUCCCACGUACAGCUGGUUUGGGGAAGCUACACAGUGCGGACAUACUAUAAGUCCACAGGUCAUGAGACAGUUAACAACUUUGAUUUGAAUAAGCGGACGUUCCCCCCGCUAAAUUUUUCCCGUGUGCGGAGCUUCCUGUCUAACUCCCAGGAGCCUCUCUCCUAAGACGGGCAAGUGUUGUGUUGUGGAUAGUGCUAACUCAUGGAUAAUGCUGGCUGUCGUCUCGAUAGUGUGUGCUCUGUGACAGCCGCUGAUGUAGAAAGAUUCGUGAUUGCUAAUCCUUCCAGCUUUCAGAUAGUUUUUAUGUUCUAUUUGUGUAAUUGAAAAAAAAUUGUUAAUUUUUUGUUGGUGUUCUAUAACCAUUAUCGAAGCCGAUCUUAUGGGUGCUCAGUAAAAAUUGAGAGUUAGCAUAUGGUAUAAAUAGUAGAAAUAUACCGUGGGCUAACAUUUGUGUCGUCUCUCUUUUAAAUCAGAAGUUUUGUUUUGUCUGUUUGUUGAACUAGAAACAAGGUACACCUUAAGAGCAUAUCGCCAUCCUUUUGUUUAUUCUAUACUGUAAAUGUGAUCUUUGGAGGCCUGACUUUUGUAAGUUGUUUUACUUAAUAUAGCUUGUGAUUGUUCAGUACCCAAUGGUUGAGAUGUUUAGGUUUCUUUUGAAGAGGUAUCGUAUGUUUUUUAAAGUGUGAGCAUUACACUCAUUGUUUAUGCAGAUGCCUUCUUAGAGGAGCUGUUUGUUGCUAAUCAGAUACUAAAACCGCUGUAUAAUCUUCAUGUUUAAUGUACGUGGUCUUGCAUUGUAUAUAUGUAUCCCCAGAUUUCUUUGGAGUAGGAAUAAUACAAUUUGAAACUUAUCUCAGCCGAGCUCUGGCAGUGGGUGGUUUGCGGGUGCUGUGGUAUGGUUUGCUCUUUCUUUCCUAUCAAACAUCUAUUGUCCUUACCUCUCCUUCUUUUUUGUGUAUGUUACUCUCUUGUGACACAUCUAUUCUUCGGCACUUAUAUGACCUUAUUGUGUUGCACGUGCAGAAAAACUCUUACUUAGACUAAAAAAAAGAACUCUGGUAGUGUACUAUAUGACAUUUUAAAGUAGUAAAUGAUAAUAAAAAGUAGUAUGCAUCUGAAAGUAAUUCAGAAAUUAAUCAUUUUGUUUCUCUUAGCUGCACAACGAAAGAUUAAUGCUAUUUAAUAAUACAGUAGUCUCCGCCUAAGAUCCCGGUGUUAGGGAACAAAGAAAAUGCGGAAUCUUUACCGAUGGACCAAGGGAAGAAUCUACGGUGACCCAUGUAAAGGCCCACAACCAGUAAAAUAGCCUCCCUCCACUUUAAAAUAAACCGACUUGAUCCCUGGGUGGGUUUAUAACAAUGGCAAGCAAAGAGUGGUCAGCCUUUGUGACCAAUGACAGUGGCAUGAGGCAUUCCGUGUACACUUAUCCUAUAGUGAAUCUCAAGAUCUACGCUUAUCCAGUUGCCCCCCCCCCCCUCCUCCUGUCAGAAAUUUAUAGCCAUCCAUCUCUUACCCAGUUCCCCUGUCUUUGUUGUUGUGCACCUGUACGUUGUGACCACGCAGGUUAAAAUUCAGUCUGUCUCGCAACUUUGGGAAGAGAGAAAACUGCUGCAAUGGCCACGGAAGAGUUUACAGUUAGAUGUGGUCCCGCCUGAAGCGAACUUGUAGGCCCUACCCACCCAGCGAGUGAUGUAAGUUUAGGUGGAGAGCUCAGAUGCAAGUG